AUGUUCACAGUCAGACACCGGCGCGGACGCGCACGCACAAGAGAAGAAGAAUGGCAGGCGCGCAAAAUGGAACAAGAGGCCACCUCUUUCUUUCUUUCUUUCUUUCUUUCUUUCUUUCUUUCUUUCUUUCUUUCUUUCUUUCUUCGCGGUUUAAUUUCUUCUCUCUCUUUAUCGCUUUCACCACGGUCCACUACAAGUCGGUCGUUUCUUCUCUCCUUUUAUCAUACUCUCCUUCUUCUGUCUAUGCCUUCUUUCUGCGUCUCCUCCCCUCUAUCUACAUACAUCUUUAGUUCUCAUCUUUCUUUUUUCUUUAUUUCCCUCAUCCUCUACAUUUGUCAUCCUUUUCUUUUUUUUUUCGCCUUCUUCCUUAUCAUACCUCGUCUUUUAAGAACUCUUUUAAUCUCUGUCUUUUAUUUUUGUCUCCUCCCCCUAUUCCUCUCCUUUCUGCUCUAUUCCCUCUCUGUUCUUUUGUUUUUUAUCUCCUCCACCUAUUCCUCUCAUUCCUAUUCUAUUUUUUCUAUUGUUUUUUGUUCUCUUCUUCCUUCUCCCUUCCGUACUAUUCCCUUUCUAUCUUCUUUUUUUUCCUUCUUCUUUCUUUCCAUUCUUGCCCUUCAUAUCCUUUUUAAUGAUUUUUUACUCCUUAAUUUGCUUGUAAUUUCUCUCUUCCUGCUAAGCUUCCUUGCAUCUUUUUUAAAACAUUUUCAUAUCUUUCCCUCCCCGGAUUUCCUACCCUUUUCUUGUGUACAUUUCCUCCUCUUUCUUUUCAAAUUUCUCAACCUCCUGCGUCCUUUUUUUUUCUUUUUAAAAUUUUCUCUCUAUUUGACUUUAUUUCUUCACUACGUAUUUUUUUUUCUUCUUUGGUUUUAUUCUCACUAA